AUGGACCAAAUAGAGGAAAGUGGUGAAGAUUCACAAGCACCAGAAUCGACCUUCGAGGACGAUCUGGUGCCGAAGGAGAUUACGGAUGAGUUUUUCGAGGAACUCUGCUCCAAGGCUAACCUGACCGUGAAGGACCUGCAAGGAAACGGACAGUAUGGACUGGCGGAAGAUUUCCAGAAGCUGCUCAUUACGGGCCAGAAUCUACGCCAGCAGCUGAUUGAAGAGCAGGACCGGAUCGGAAAAAUGCAAGACGAAGUGUCCGCUGCUUCCGGGCGGGUCGCGCAAGCGAUGCAGAUCUCGCAACGCGACCAGGACACCAUACAGACGCUUAAGUCGGAAAUUCAGGACGCCUGGAAGCGUGCAGAUGCCGCUCAAACUCGCGAACAGAACGUCCAGGAAGCGAUGAACCAGAUGCGGGAAAAGUUGGAAAAACUCCACUCGGACGGUGAUCGUUACGGUGACCGAGAUGAUGAUGUGGGUCCCUCGAUGAACAAGCAUAAGGAAGGUAUUUUACGUGAACGGGAUCGUCUGUACGCGGAGGUGGAAGAACUGAACCGUCGCUUACACACCCAACGUCUCUACAUGGAAGAACUGGAGCAAAAGAGUUUCGAGGCGGAGACAAAAGUGAAGGAACUCUACAAGGUGCUGGAUGAAACGUCGAACGAAGCUUUCCGCGACAAACGGCAGCUCGAGAGCCUACAAACGCAGCACACCGAGCUGGUGGCGGAUCUGGCCAUCAAAACUGAGGAGGCAAAGCAUUUCAAAGCGCUGGCCGACUCGAACCAUAAGGCUUCCGUGCAGCUGACCAUGCAGAAUGCCGCCGUUCGGACCAACCUGGAGCGCAUCAUGACGACGAACAAUCUGACCCAGGUGAAGCUAGCGAAGGCGCAGGCGGACUUUGACAAUAUGGUCCAGCUGAAGGAGAAGGUCACCAACGAGCUGAACACGAAGGUAAACAUCCUGAAGCUGAAGGAGGACGAGAACAACAAGUUCCGGCUGGAGAACGCAAAGUUGGUGAAAACACGUGAGGUUCUUCAGAAGCGCAUCCAAAUGAUCGAGCAAACGAAGGCCACGCUCGAGCAGGAGGUGGCCAAACUGAAGAACACUAUUGUAACUUUCGAAAAAGAACGUGAUGCAUCGAAGAAGUCAUUCGAUAUUGCAAAGAAACAAGUAGAUGCCGUCCUUCGGGAACGGGAUCUCGUACGAAAGGAUCUCGUUAAGGCUAACAAAACAAUUGGAGACCAAACAGAACAGAUGACCCUCCUCGAUAAGGCACAGAAGACUCUCGAGAACGAAAUCAAGGCGCACCUGGCGUCCGCUCAAAAGCAGCAAACACUCAUGCUAAAGGUCGAGAAGGACCGCGACCGGAACGCGGAGGAGGUGCAAAAUCUCUCGGACAAAAUCGAACAGCUCAACGAGGACCUCCUGUACAAGCAGAAUCUGGUCGGGGAGCUGCGCGAGAAGCUGAAGGAAUGCGAAGCCAAGCUGUUCCAGUGUCAAAAUUUGCUCGAGAUUACGCGCGGCGAGCGGAACAUUUUCGAGCGUGAUCUCAUGACGUGCAGCAAGGAGACGGAGGGUCUGAAGGAGCGCCUGAAGAACGCGAUCCGGAGUGUCGACCAGCUGAAGGAGGAAAAUGCCAACAAGGUGGCGGAGCUCUUCAAGGCGAACAAAACGAUCGACAAGGUGGAGAAGGAAAAGCAAACGCUCAAGACGGACGUACAGAACAUCAGCAUCGCGCUGCAGCACUCCAAGUCCGAGCUGAGCGAGAAGACGAACGAAAAUACGCGCCUCAAUAAGACACUUUCGGACGAUUCUGCCAACAUGACGCGCCUGAAGAAGCAACUCGAGGGUGCGAUCAAUGAAAAGGACCUGGUCAAAGUCCAGUUGACGCAGCGCGUGGAUGAAAUCAACAACCUGACGGAGAAGCUGAACAUGUUGAACAUGGCCCUCGACCGAGGGGAGAAUCAGUACCGCGAUCGGUUGGACGACAUCCGACUGCUGAAGAUCGAAAUCAGUAAUCUGCGCUCGCAACGCAACCUGCUGACGCGCGGUCUAGCCAACACGGCCGACAUGCGCCAGGAGGUGUUGCAGUUAAAUCGCGUGCUGAACCAGGAGCGCGUGAAGGCCCGAGCGCUCGAGGACGAAAUGCUAACCCCGAUGAACGUGCACCGCUGGCGCAAGCUGAGUGGCAAAGAUCCGGAAAAGAUGGACCUGAUCGUGAAGGUGCAGACGCUGCAGCGUCGCGUCCUCUACCAAUCGGUGACCGUGUCCGAGCAGGAGAAAACGCUCCAGCAGUCGGAGAAGAUGUACGAAGCGCUCAAAGGCGUGGUGGAGAAGCUGCCGAGCCACAAGGUGAAGGAAAGGCUCUCGGCAACCCAGCGAGCACUGACGGCACGCACCAGAAAGCUGAAGGCGCUCGCGGCGGAGAUACGCAUCAAGGAGCUUGACAGCAAGUCCAAGGACUGCACCCUGGAGCAGCUGAAGCAAGCCCUGCUGGAGACCAAGAAGGAGCUGGUCAAAGAGAAACGUGAGAAAAUUAAGCUUGUAGAGAACAUCCGCGGUCAUCGGCUGGAGGGUAUGCAGCAGGGUGGCACCACCACAACGACCACCACGACCACCACCAGCGACAUUAUUGUAAUUCGCACGACCAGCCAGGGUGCGCAUACGGCCGGCUAUCGUACGCUCGGGUCUGGCUUUCGGGCAAUCUGCUAAAAACGUCCGUCGUCGGCGUAGAAUUCCGCGCCGUGAAGGAGAGGAGAAAAAGGGGCAAACAAAUCCCAUAACGUCAUCGUCGUACCACAAAUCGCAACGGUUCCUCCUCGCCCGACAGUUUACUUUGAUUUUAUUGACUUACGUUUUGUUUGCAUUUUUCCAUCCCCCCU